UCCACAUUCAAAAUUAUGAACUAAAUUCAAAAUUGUUUAUCGCAGGUAAACGUUUGAAAAGAGGCUUGACGCGCUGCAGUUGCCGAAAUCCUACGCACCAUGAUGAUGCAUGAAGAGCAGUCCGCCUUUGAAUCCAUGCUCGCACGCUCAUUGCCAUUAUCGUGCGCUGGUCCACCACCACGACCACGCACCCACUUCGAGGAUCUUCCCAAUGAUUUGUGGUUCUGCAUCAUGUGCUAUUUGCCGUACACGGAUCUCCUGCAACUGCGCUUGGUCUGCAAGCGCUGGCGGGAUCUGGUGAAUCGACCGUACUUCAUGUCCAGAGGCAAGGUUAUCGUUACGGAGCGUAAUCUGCAUGCGAUGAAGCAGCAUGUGGAGCGUGGAGACUCGAACAUACGUUUCGAUUGCGUGGAGCUGCGAAAUUUGCGUCACAGCGAGGAGUUGGAGCAGUUCUUGCGACUUGUGGGACCAGAGGUGGGUCACUUACAGGUGCGCCAUGCACCCGUUUUCAGAACUUUGGAUGGCACGAUGCCAAAUCUAAAGAUAUUGGCCAUCGCAACCACCAGUUUCAUGGAUGAGCUGCUGCUCCAGCCGGUGGAGGGCAUUAAUCUGCGACAAUUCGUCCAUCUGCACAGCUUUGAGUGCGAUGGCGUCAGCCUGGACUCAUCGCAAAAGCUGCUGAUGUUGCAGCAACUGCGGCAUGUGGAGAACAAAGUGCGUCUGCGGCAUCUGCAAUUCGAGUAUCGCACCAAUAGUGAGGCGGCUCUGCUUGAGGUGCUGAGCGAUCAUGCUGGAUCACUGGAAUAUUUGGAUAUUUUCUUCAGUUGCUCACCGGAUAGGUUGACCGGCAAGUGGCGUGUGGUUUUCGAGAAACUGCAACGGGUGCACACCUUGAAGCUAUCAGGCAACUGCCAUCACGAUCUGCUCGAGGCCAUUGUGGAGGCGUUGCCGGCAGCCACACCGCUCCGUCAUCUCGACUUGACGGGAAUGCUGUCGCUAACAAAUGACCUGCUUAUGCUGAUUGCCUGCAAGUGGAAGAGCACGUUAAGGGUAUUGGAUCUGAUGUUUUGUGUGCAGCUGGACGGUCGUUGUGUGCAGGCGCUGCAACAUUUGAGUGGCAGCCUGAAGGUGCUAACCAUGGCCUAUUGCCGUGAGUUGACUGGCCGGGGCUUGCUGGAUGGCUUGGCGCUUAAGCCCAACUAUACACUACAGGAAUUGCAUUUGGAGGAGGUUUGCUUUAUAGAUGAGGAAUCGAUUUGCACGCUGGUUGAGCGCCUGCCAAAUUUACGCAGACUGGGUCUCGACAAUUGCCGCCAUGCCGUCACAAACCGCACCUUAGCCGCCAUUUUCCAGCAUCAGACCAAGCUGCAGGAGCUGAACAUCGACUACUGCGUACGCGUCACGGACGCUGGACUUGUUGGAUUUGGCCCAAAACGCUAUCCCAUCAGCAAUUUGCGUGGCCUGCGAGCCCUCAACAUGCGCGGCUGCCACAACCUGACGAAUCGAGUGCUGAUGGAUGCACUGCGUCUGCCUGAGCUGCGCAGCCUCUCAGUCGGCUAUUGCAAUCGUUUCGAGGCGGAAGGCAUUGCUGCCUUCACCAUUAACUGCCCGGCUGUGGAGAAACUCUGCCUGGCCAGCUGCCACCAAGUCGACGACCGUGCGGUCGAAUCCAUACUACAAAAUCUGAGGCGCUUGCGCAGCCUCAAUGUGAGCAACUGCCCAAAAAUCACACUGCAUAGCGUUUAUCAGAUAGCCAGACAUGGCGAGAAUCUGCUGGAGUUCACGGCCUGCGGCAUUGAUGGACUCGACUCGAGUGCGGUCAAGCUCAUCCUGCAGCGGGAGCGGCCACAGCUGAAACAGGUGCUUCUAUAGCAGGAGCGUUUUAUUUACUAGACCCGACUAACAUCGAGUGACAGUACGAGUGUAAAUGAGUUGUGACUGCAUCGCUUUUCUUUGUUUUUGGAAGCUGUACAAAUUAAUUUUAGGCAUGGGCGGGAAGGAGGUGGUCGGUCUCCAUAUUCAUUAAACGCAUCUCAGUGAAAUCUAAUGAUUAACAUUAAGUAUUUUAAGUACUCUAUCUGUAUAGUUGCUGUUGAGCACAAUUGAAGGCUAUUUAAGUUAAAUUGUGGGGUGAUAUUUAAACUUACUACCAACCCUUAGUUUAAGAGUAAAAUAACGAAAGCCAAAAAUACGAUAUACCUCAAAAUAAAAGCAACAGAACAUGUCAAACUUUUAUUGUCAAAUACAAA